CUCCCUCCCCACCAAAAUAUUGAGAGUUAAGAGGCAGCUCCUCUGUGUAAUUGAGCCCAGAAGAGAGCAGUAGCCAGGCGGAGGCUGAGCUGCUGCUGCGGAAAGGCUUUCCUUCUGUCUUCCUUGACUGCGGCUGACUGGAUUUCCAUUUCCAAGCCAGGACUGGAUUUUAAAAUACAAACUUCCAACAUUGCGGCUUCGAUGGGGUGGUGCUUUUCCGACAUUUAAAAGUGUGCCACCACAAGAAACCUCUUCUUUAUUAUUAUUAUUAUUUUGGUGGCGCAGUCUCAUCUAAGGACACAUCUUCGUUUGGAUUUGGGCUUCUUUUUUAACACCCCUCUUUUUUUUAAAUUGGGGACAACAUUUCUAUAUUUUUUGAGAAUUUUGAAAGGAAGGAAGAUCUCGAGACAGCUGCUGACAAGUCUCCUCUCCUUCCCUCCCUCCCGCCUCCUCCUUCCCAGCUUUGGGAAGGAAGGAGCUGUUUGCUCCCAUCAGCAGUUUUAUUCCUCUCUGUUGUUAUUAUUACUCCCCGGUGAAAUCCUAUCAACCAACCGGGAAGGAUCCGGAUCGUGCUUCGUUGAAUUUGCCUUCUUCCUUCCUCCCCUGACUCCCUCCUGGUGACUGGUUUUAUUUUUUGGAAGAUGUUACUCUCCAAGUUCGGCUCCCUUGCUCACCUUUGCAACCCAAGCAGCAUGGAUCACUUGCCGGUGAAGAUCCUCCAGCCAGUGAAAGUGGAGAAGGAGCCGUUCGAUAAAAUCUAUCAAGUGGGCUCAGUCCUGGGCAGCGGGGGAUUUGGCACAGUAUAUGCCGGGAACAGGAUCGCAGAUGGCUUGCCGGUGGCCGUGAAACAUGUGGUGAAGGAGCGGGUGACCGAGUGGGGCACCAUUGGUGGAGUAAUGGUGCCCUUGGAGAUAGUCCUCCUGAAAAAAGUGGGCUCGGGCUUCCGAGGGGUGAUCAAGCUGCUGGACUGGUAUGAGAGGCCGGAUGGCUACUUGAUCAUCAUGGAGCGGCCCGACCUGGUCAAAGACCUCUUUGACUUCAUUACCGAGAAGGGGGCACUGGACGAAGAGACGGCCCGGGGCUUUUUCCGCCAAGUGCUGGAGGCAGUGCGCCAUUGUUACAACUGCGGCGUGGUGCACCGAGACAUCAAGGAUGAGAAUCUCCUAGUGGAUCUCAGGACAGGGGAGCUGAAGCUGAUAGAUUUUGGAUCAGGCGCCAUCCUGAAGGACACAGUCUACACUGAUUUUGAUGGAACACGAGUAUACAGUCCUCCAGAAUGGAUCCGCUUCCACAGAUAUCACGGAAGAUCAGCCACCGUGUGGUCCCUGGGCGUGCUCUUGUAUGACAUGGUCUGUGGAGACAUCCCUUUUGAACAAGACGAAGAGAUCUUGAGGGGACGGUUAUACUUCCGAAGAAGAAUUUCACCUGAAUGCCAACAACUGAUCAAAUGGUGCCUUUCUCUGAGGCCUUCCGACAGACCGACACUUGAGCAAAUUUUUGAUCACCCUUGGAUGCACAAAUCGGAAGUGGUGAAGUCAGACGACUGUGACAUAAGGCUACGGACCAUUGACACUGACGUAUCUAGCACAAGUUCAAGCAACGAGAGCCUGUGAAAGACUUGAGGACCUUGCAAUGGGAGGGGAGCUUCAAGCAGGAGGAAAACAAAAAAAGAAAAAAGACCAGAGUGCUGCUGCUGCCAUUAUGUAGGAGGGGCUAGAAAAAAAUGCAUUCAUUAUUCUGUAGUUUGAAUCUUUGUCUGAGGGAAUUGAUCUUUUUUUAUUUCCCCCUCCCCCUUUUGGCUGGUUUCUGCUUUGGAAUGAGAGAUUUCCUUUGGAAACGUUCAUGUUUGGGAGUUUGCAGGCCAGUACUUAAGUCAAAAGACUGACCAUUUUUUUUAAAUUAAAGAAAAAAGCAGUGACCUCUUUAUAAAUAACAUGGUAAAUCUUUUUGCUCUCAUAGAGCCUGGACUAGAUUUUAUUUGCUUUUUUGAGUGCCUUUUUGAAAGCUGCUUCAGUGGGACUUUCUUUUUUUGAGCUGUGUAUGUCCAAAGAAGAUCCAAUACAUGAUAGGAUUUGGCUCCCUUUAGUCACACCAAGUGCAGUGGGGAUACAAAUCCUAUGAUGCAGUGGAAGAACAUGUUCAGUGAUUGAAUGAAGUAGUCCCAUCCACUGGCGAUGGAAUACUUGAACACAAACAUUUCACUCCUUUUCCGGUUCUCUUCUGGCUCUCCUUUUCCUCCCCCCAAGACAACCUCUGCUGCUCCACACUGUAUUUCCAAUAAGCUGCACAGGUUAUCAGCUGUUUUAUCAGGAACACUUGCUCAUAUUCCAUUUUCAUCAUCUCUACCACUGGGCACUAAAAAAAGGCCCUUUCUCAACUCCCCCCCCCCCCCCCCCACCUGCAAGUCUUAAAAAGUAUGUAUGGGCAUGUUAAAUGCACAAUCAAUGCAAUAUUCAAGGACUUUGUGUGUGUGUUAUUUCCAUACCUGUAUAAAAUGUUUAUGUACAUUUUGUUUUUCCCCCAUGGACUAUACUAUUUUAUUUAUUGUCUGGAGUUUAGAUGAUCUCUCACAGUCUCAUCUGUGGCUAUUUAUUUUAGCUAAUUUAUUUGUUUAGAAGUAUCCAACACUGUGCUUCUCUCUUUUCUCGUCAUGGACUUUCUUACAGGUGAUCCAAACAAUUUUUUUUUGUACAUUCCUAUCUGUCUUGUCUGUCUCCCUUUUAUUUUCCCCCCUCUCUUUUUGAUUUUGUUGAAAAAGUUAAAAGUCUGACCAUGCCUGUUUUGUUUUUUCAUUUUUUGGUUGGAAGGUGGAAAAUUGUACAAAGUCUAAUUUAAGGGAACUAGAAUGACUUUAAAAGUUAGUUGGUAUGCCUUUUUUGUCUGGUAUUAUUUACAUACCAGAAUUGUAAAGUAAUGCUGUUUGGAAGGGUUUUAAAUUAUUGACAUUGUACAGUCUUUGUGCAUUGGCUCUGGAAGGAAGAAUGGCAGAGUCAUAAACCUUAAUUUAUUUUAAUAGCUGUGUGUUUUGUGAUCUGGUUGCAUUUAUGCAGCUUGGACAUUUUUUCCUUCUGUUUAACGGUGUGAAAUGUAUGGAGAUCAUAUUUUUUUAUACAGGUAUUUCAAUUAAACUUUUUUGUAGAUAA